UUUACUGAAUACCAUCAUCUCUUGAAGCAGCAAACCUGAGAGAAAUGUCAUCGCCCACUUCAUCAUCACCGGAUGUACCAACUUUGAAACUUCUUUUGGUUGGAAGUAGUUCGGUUGGUAAAUCAUCUUUGCUUUUACGUUAUACGGAUGAUGAAUACCUAAAUCCAGAAGAAGCAAGUGCAACGAUUGGAGUGGAUUAUAAAGUCAAAUCAAUCAAUGUUGGAGGGAAAAGAUAUAAGCUAUCAAUUUGGGAUACAGCAGGACAAGAACGAUUCAGGACAUUAACCAGUAGUUAUUAUCGAGGAGCACAUGGUGUGAUCAUAGUGUACGACAUCACCAGCAGAGAAUCAUUUGAUGCUUUACCCACCUGGUUCAAAGAGCUAGACGUAUUCACCGGAAGCUCAGAUGUGGUCAAGAUCGUUGUGGGAAAUAAGGUAGACAAGGAAUAUUCUCGCGUAGUAAUGGAAGAUGAAGGCCGAAAGUUUGCCGAAGAACGUGGAUGUCUGUUUGUUGAAUGCAGUGCAAAGAAAGGUGUUGGCGUGAAUGGUGCAUUUGAUGACCUUGUCAAUCAGGUCAUUUCCACACCCUCCCUCUGGCAAAAUACAACAGGCGUACGACCGGGUGAUCGAAUGCCAGGAGGAGUUCCGGCAGAUCAUGCUGCUACAUCCAGUCGUGGAAAUGUUUCACUAGGCGAUCCAACUGGGUAUGUGCGCGAAAAUUGCAACUGUUGAGGUAGUGGCGUCCGUAGUAUGACCGUAGUAGAAAUGUCGAGCUCCUUUUUGUUCCUUUAACCCCACAAAGUUUGUCUAUAAUAUCCAUCUAUACCUCUGCAGCUUGCAAUUUGCCGUUCUUGCUGUUGAUCAUUUUACUGAAAUUGUAUUUUCUCCUUCCUAUUUGGCAUCUUUUUUUUUUUUUCAAUCUUGCUUUACAGCGAU